AUGGCUGGAUCCUCAUUGUCUGCAGUUCGAUCAACAGCAUUGCAGGCUGAUGCAGCAUCUCUGGACCUGGCAUCGCUUCUCUCAUCUAUUCUACAUCCACUUGUAACACAAUCUACAAUGCGCCGGUCCGAGAUUCACAAGGAGAAGAUGCGCAAGCAAUCUCAAGAGCGUGAGAAAGACAUUCUCAAGCUACAAUUGCGACUGCAGCAUGCCUGCAACACUGGAAUGCGGCUAGCCUACAGCCACUGGGAUUCUGUGCGUCAGAUUGGCGAGACUAACCCUGAUCUUCUCGACAAGAUCAAAGCAAGUGUAGAUGCCACUAACCGGACAAUGGAGCUCAAUUCACUGAGUAGUGCGACAUUAGUGGCAGGUUCACAUCUAUCCCAUAAGAUGUCAGAGGAUCUUGAAUUGGAUCCUGAGGAUUCUGGUAACGUUGACAAGCUUGAUUUUACUCAGGACGAGUAUACUACUGAGGACUAA